AUGGUAUGCACAACGGUGUCCAUUCCAACAUCUCCAGUUGCCACAACAACAAAAGACAUCUUCAAGGAGCACAAUGGUCUUCACCGCUCACUCUCUAGCAAGGACCUUCAUAAUAGAGCCACUGGUAUCCGGAGGUCCUACUCUGAUAACCACCUUUGUUAUUCUGUAAACCAUAUUCAAGCCACAGCAACACAACCAGAACAAAAGAACAGUCGUUCAAUGGGAAUUUUCCCAUUUCAAUUAUCUGGCUCCAUUAUUCCAAAUUCAGUUCGAUCAUUCUUGUUUGACCCGGAGACUAGUAAGGGCAUGAAUGUAGUUGAGAAAGAUAUGAAUAUAAAGGAGAACUCGGUGAAUAGUAGCGAAGGAGAGGAAAGAAAGAGAUUGAAUUGGGUGGAGAGGCUGUUGGAAUUAAGAAGUCAUUGGAGAGAUAGGCAGCAGAAGGAGAGUGUGGAUAAAGAUGAGGCUUGUGAAGGAGAUGACAUUGGUGAUUGUGAUUAUUGGACAGUUGAUUAUAGUGCAGAAGAAGAAGAAGUAUAAGUGAGACAUAAUCGUGAAUCAUUCUCAUGACUUUUGGUCCGAGUACCAUGGUCUGAUACCAAGCUAUUCUCUAAAUUGGCGUUUUUGAGCAACAUGGCUUAUGUGAUACCAGAGAUCGAGGCCAAGGAUUUGAAAAAAUAUUAUGGCCUAUAAUUUGUAACAUCGUCACCAGAGAAGAAAGCAGAGGCCGCUGUUAUUAAAGCCAAGCUGGAUGAGGACUCCACUAGAGUACCCGAAAUUGCCUCAAUAAAUAUUGAUGCCAGUUCACAGAAAGCUGUGGAUUUUGAGAAGAAAUGUCCCAUCCACCCAUCUGUUGCUUACGAGAUUGCUGCCUCAGCUGCAUCUUAUGUCCAAUCACAAGAGGAGGGAGAGAGUUCAACCCGAUUAUAUAAGUCAGAGGUGGCCGCUUACAUGGCAGCUUCAACAAUGACUGUAGUGGUUGCUGCCGGAGAGAGGGAAAAGCUGGAGGCAGCAAGGGUCCUUCAGUCACUCCAUUCAUCACCUUGUGAAUGGUUUGUCUGUGAUGAUUUAAGCACUUAUACUCGCUGCUUUGUGAUUCAGGGAUCAGACUCUUUAGCAUCUUGGCAAGCAAACCUUUUCUUUGAACCAACUAAAUCUGAGGGUACAGAUGUGCUUGUUCAUAGAGGAAUUUAUGAAGCUGCAAAGGGAAUAUAUGAGCAAUACAUGCCAGAAAUAAUUGAACAUAUGAACAAAUAUGGGGAUCGUGCAAAACUUCAAUUUACUGGACACUCUCUUGGGGGUAGUCUCUCUCUUUUAGUCAACUUGAUGCUACUGACCAGAAAGGUUGUCAAGCCCUCCCAUCUACGGCCAGUUGUCACUUUCGGCUCGCCAUUUGUGUUCUGUGGAGGUCAGAACUUGCUUGAUGAGUUGGGUUUGGAUGAGAGCAACAUUCAUUGUGUGAUGAUGCAUAGAGAUAUUGUCCCUAGAGCCUUCUCUUGCAACUACCCUGAUCAUGUUGCCUCACUGUUGAAGCGUUUAAAUGGAUCCUUUCGCUCACAUUCUUGUUUAAUAAAAAAUAAAUUAUUAUACUCUCCUUUGGGCAAACUAUUCAUUCUUCAACCUGAUGAGAAGUCAUCACCUGCACAUCCAUUACUCCCACCAGACAGUGCUCUAUAUAUAUUGGAAAAGACCCAGAUUGGGUACUCUACAAGUGCCCUAAGAGCCUUCCUCAAUUGUCCACAUCCACUAGAGACCCUAGGCGAUCCAACAGCCUAUGGUUCAGAAGGUACAAUCUGCAGAGACCAUGACUCAAGCAACUAUCUGAAGGCUGUGAAUGGGGUUUUAAGGCAACGUUCAAAGAUGGUUGUUCGGAAAGUAAGAGAACAGAGGAAUCUGCUGUGGCCGCUUCUUACUUCACCUUCACACACAUGGAACUACGAGAGUGAUUGGAGCAAAAGCAGUUUAGCGACCAAGGAGAUAAUGACUGGCGUUUGA